UUGCUUCCCGACUCCACAGAGGUACGACUGCCGACUGCCGACUGCCGUCCUUGAGACUUUUUUUAAUAGCUGAAAACAAUGUAUCACGUGAGAAGCACGUGAUCAAAGAGAUGCGAGGAUACCACUUUCUGAGGCCCAAUAAGGCCCUUUGUUUGGGCCGAGGUCACUUGUCAUAUUUUAAUAUUUUAGUCGAAAAAAAAUUAAAGAUGACGCCGAGCGCGUGAAGCCACGUGACACGUGGACUUCUCUGAUUCACGAGCAUUGCCAAAGGUCACAAGCUCUGUCGCUUUAUGCUUCACCCACAAAGCCUUCCACGCCUUACCUGACGGUCUCCUUCCUCCUCCCACCGUCUCUCUGGAACGCAGUUUCUUCUCGCUUUGUCAAAACUUUUCUCUCUCUCUCUCUCUCUCCCCCUUGAAAGCCUCAUCGUUCUCUGUAAUGGUGGACUUCGGGGAGGAGCUAGUUAUAGUCGAUAGCUAUAGGAUCCCAUGGCUCAUUUGGAUCCAAAUGCUCGUUUUCUUCCUCCUCUUGCUCCUCCUUUGCGCCCUCGGCAUCUUAUCUCCGGAUCUCUACGAAAAUAACCCCUCCUCCUCCAGCUCCUCCGCCUCUUCUUCCUCCGGCGCCUCUGUUCCUCGGCGAUUUCCUCUCGGCGAUCCAGUCCCGGCGGACUGUGGCUCGAAGUUUUUUGGCAAUUCAAGUCUCGUGCAGUCUAACCAAAUGGGAGGAGGAUCGGAGAGCAUAAAAGGGGAGAUAACGCCAUGCACGUCGUCAAGCACGGGGGGAGAAGGGUCGACCCGGAAUUCGUAUCAUCCAUGUAGUUUGUUUCAGAUAGCUCGAUCGGCAUUUCUCAAGUGUUUAGGUCUUGAUCCGACAUCCUCCGAUGACUCUCGUAGACCUGAACCUAAGAAGCAGUUGUAAUACGUGUAAAUAACACCCUUGUUCUAAUCCUAACUAAAAACUCUUCGCUUCUUUUGUCGGGGAAACGUCCUCUAACGGUGAAGAAUUGUAAACUAAUUCCCUCGUCCAAUUGUAUGUUGAUGAUCAGAGUAUAAUCACGUCUAUUGUUGUAUAAAUCUAUACGUUAUUACUAAAGAUUGGAUGGCUUGA